GGUUCAUUAUAUUUUUUGUAAAAAUGACUGCACCGAGCAAAUCUUUUAGAGAUGUAAAAAGUGUUAUUAAUUUAAACAAACAUUUAAACAAAGAAGUUUAUGUUAAAUUUAGUGGAGGUCGAGAAGUCAAAGGAGUUCUUAGGGGUCACGACGCCAUGUCCAACUUGGUGUUGGAUGAUACAGUGGAAUAUCUGAAGGAUUCUUCUGAUUCAAGUAAAUUGACUGGAGAAAAAAGAAAUCUCGGACUUCUAGUAGCUAGAGGAACUUCAGUGACUGUUGUAUAUCCCGUUGAGGGAACUGAAAAGAUCGAUAACCCAUUCCUGGAAUCCAACGACUAGUAUUUUCCUUCGCACCUGUGUAACCUUAGAGAUUUCUUCCAUUUGAAGGAUUUACCACAAUCAUCGCAUUUAAAAACAACCCUGUGUUCGUGAAUACUUUUAGUGUGCAUGUUUAAAUUGCUCCUCUAAAUA